AUGAAACCCUGCGAGCUCCCGGGCCUGGCCCUCGUCGGCCUGGCCCUCGUCGACCUGGCGGCCCCGGGACCGCUCCCCGCCGCGCCGCCGCGCCACGGCCUGCCCAUCGUCAAGAGCACAACCACGCCCGACGGCCAGACCCUCGACUGGGUGCCCGUCUCGUCGCAGGGCACCGCCAUCAGCAGCCCGCCGCCGCGGCCCCUCCUCAGGCGCGCCCCCAGCCGGCGGGACGCGGCCAUGGUGGAAGCCAUCAGGCCCUCGGACCCGGGGCCGGCAGGAACGGUGCCGAUCCUCCGCGCCCGCGGCCCCACCAAGCCGAUGAAACAGCCCCCCCGGCCGGACGACCACAACGCCACGACGGCAGCGGCAGCGGCGGCGGCGGCUCUGUCCGGCGGCCCCCCCUCGUACCAAGGCAGGCACUGGUACGCCAGCACGGCGCAGACGGUCGACAACCACGGCGGCACAGCGACGUACAGCCUCUUCGAGGCGUUCGUCCAGCACGCCUCCGACUUCUCCCUCCUCCAGGCGGCCGUGGUCCGCAACGACGCCGCGCACGCCGGCACGCCGCCCAAGAGCCAGACCGUCGAGGCCGGGUGGAUCAACUACCCCGACCAGGGCGCGGCGCCGCACCUCUUCUCCUUCUACACGACCAACAACUACGAGUCGUACGGGGACUACGUGUGCGGCUGGAACCGCGACGUCGCCGGCUGGGUGCAGUACGACCCCGUCGUGUACCCGGGCGUCGCGUUGGCGCCGCUCGCCGCCGUCCGCGGCGCCCGCUACGAGGCCGACAUCGGCUUCUACUACUACCAGGGGAACUGGUGGCUGCACACGCUCGGCCGCUUCGUCGGCUACUACCCCGGCGGCCUGUUCUCGCGGGGCGUCAGCCCGACCGACACGCUCGACCACCACGCCGACCAGAUCAGCUUCUACGGCGAGGUCUACAACGGCGAGGACGGCCUGACCACCUCGGACAUGGGCAGCGGCGAGUUCCCCGACGCGGGGCUCGGCUCGGCCGCCUACCUGAGGAGCAUUGCCUACUACGACACGGCGGACAGCGCGCGCGACUACGACGGCAGCGGCCACCUCAUCGUCAGCGACGAGACCAGGUACGCCCUGUUGCCGGCGUGUAACUCGUCUUCCGACUGGGGCACGUACUUUUACAUUGGGGGCCCGGGGGCCGGCGGCGUCGUCGGCGCCUAG